AUGACCAAAGGUUAUGCCUGUGUGUUUGUCUGCUUCUCCACGAAGGCUAUACAUUUAGAGGCUGUAAGCGACCUCUCGUCUGAAGCUUUCUUGGCUUCAUUUGCUCGAUUUUCUGCAAGACGGGGCUUGCCCUCACAAAUUUAUUCGGACAACGGUACCAAUUUUACUGGUGCCGAUGCAAUUCUACGUAAAGAGUUCAAGAAAUUCCUCGACACUAUUCCCCAAGAAACUCGUGCCGCUUAUGGUGUUCAAGGUCUUAAAUGGAAUUUUAUUCCGCCUGGGGCCCCACAUAUGGGAGGCCUUUGGGAGGCCGGUGUGAAAAGCUGUAAGAAACACCUCAGAAGAUUAGGGACCAGUGCACGAUUUACAUUUGAAGAAUUUUCCACAAUUUUAGCUCGUAUUGAAGCUUGUUUAAACUCGCGUCCACUUUCAUCCAUGUCAAAUAACUCCUCUGAUAUCUUGGCUUUGACUCCAGGUCAUUUUCUUUGUGGACGUCCGCUCAUAAUGUUUCCUGAAAGAAAUUCGGAAUUUGUCGAUUUGUCUUAUAUUAACCGAUGGGAAAAACUUAAAUGCCUUCAACAACAAUUUUGUCGUAGAUGGAAAGACGAAUAUCUCAAAGAACUUCAUCAACGAUAUAAAUGGCAAUCGCCACAAGAGAACGUCCAGGUAAAUGAUCUAGUCGUAGUUCAAAACGAAAUUCUUCCUCCCACUGAAUGGCGCCUUGGUCGUGUAAUACAAGUACACCCCGGUGUUGAUAGAAGAUCAAUCGAACGACGCCGCAAACAACAGCAGCAGCAGCAUUAUAAUAAGGGCACAAGUAAGUCUCUAGUUUCGAGUGUAUAA